AUGGCAAAUUCAGCCAAUUUAGCAGGUCUGGCGGCCAUACCGAUUGGAAUAUUGUCAUUAUAUGCGCUCUUUUUAGCCUUGAUAUUACAUCCCACCUUUCAGGCUCACAACGUUUUCUUGCAUGGGAUCAAUAUACCAUUUCAUUAUGAUCUUACAAAACCAGAUAGAAUAAAAGGAAUCCAGAAAGGAAAAGCAAGAAACUUUAAUGUAGAAAGUGUUGAUGGAAUACGAAUUGCAGGUUGGCAUAUAGUACCAGAUCAUGCUAAAAUACCACAAGAUGAACAUACAUUCGAUCAAUCAUUAUGUGAUUCUCCGGUUGUGCUAUACUUCCAUGGAAAUGCGAUGAACAGAGCAGCACCUGUUCGCAUACAAGCAUACAAACACUUUACUGCACUAGGAAUGAACGUUGUUGCCAUUGAUUAUCGAGGCUUUGGUGAUUCACAAGGUAAACCCACAGAAGAAGGACUAUUACGUGAUGCUCGUGCAACGUAUAGAUGGGUGAUCGAAAGGCAAAGCUCCUGUACUCCUUCACCUUCUUCGGAGCCUUUGGCCGGUCAGAUACUCUUGUCUGGACAAAGUUUGGGAACCGGUGUUGCGUCAAGAUUGACGCUCGAUUUGGUAGAAGCAGGUCAUGCAUCUCCCGCUACACUGUUACUGGCACCGUAUAUAUCUAUCCGGCAACUGCUGUCUUCUUACCGAAUCGGAGGUAUUGUCCCGCUGUUUUGGCCACUAGGAAUCUCAAAAGCACUUUCUGCCGUAGCUGACAAAUACCUUUACACUCGAUUCGAGAGUGAUAAGGCUUUGUACAUUGCUACCAGAGGAGGAAUAAACAAGCUAAACGAGGAAGAAAAGAAAGCAUAUGGAGAUCUACAGUACCUCUUGCCAAAAGAUCAAUUGAAGAAAGAACUGGGUAUUCAAGAUGCACAAGAAACUGAUCAACAAGCACGUGUUGUUAUCGCACAUGCCGAUAACGAUUCAAUCAUCCCUCAUAGCCAUGGUCGUGGUCUUUUUGAUCGUAUACAUGAUGCACUCUCCGUUGACUUUAACGAACAUUCAACCGAAUCACAAAAGCAUGCCGAGGAAAGAGAAGAAGAACUUGCACAGCAAAUUCAAAUCGAAGAACAAGAAUGGGGAUCCAUGCUCACCGUUUCCCCGAAAAUAGGUCAAGCCAAUCGUCUAACAUUGAUCAAAAGUCGUAAAGGCGGUCAUAAUGGUGUACCAAUCCAUGCCCUAGAAUAUUUCAUCAAACUUGCAACUCAAAGUGAGCCUGCCAAAGCUGCUGGUACCGGUGGAAUGCAGACGUGA